AUGGCAGCUCCAGAAGUUCACCACCUUUUCCACCACCCGAUAGCCGACCACUCCUUCUCCGCUGAUAAGCAGACCUUGGCGGUUGCACGAGACACAAGUGUUGAGCUCUAUGGACGAACAGGCAGUGGAUUCAAGCUGAAGGAUGAGCUAAAGGGUCACGAUAAAACAGUCACCAGCGUCGACAUUGCUUUGAACAGCGGACGAAUUGUCACUUGUUCACAAGACAGAAACGCCUUGGUCUGGGAGCCAUCGCCGACUGGAUACAAGCCAACACUUGUCCUCCUUCGGAUUAAUCGUGCUGCUACCUUUGUUCGUUGGUCACCUUCCGAAACCAAGUUUGCCGUCGGAUCCGGAGCGCGGGUUAUUGCUAUAUGCUACUUCGAGGAGGAGAACGACUGGUGGGUCUCAAAGCAUAUCAAGAAGCCUAUCCGAAGCACGAUCACAACAGUAGCAUGGCACCCAAAUUCAGUCCUUCUGGCGGCCGGUUCGACCGAUGCUCACGCAAGGGUAUUCUCAAGCUUCAUCAAGGGUGUGGAUGCCAGACCGGAGCCCGGAGUUUGGGGUGAAAGAUUACCAUUCAACACUGUCUGCGGAGAGUACUUGAACAACUCAGCUGGCUGGGUCCAUGCUGUCUCGUUCUCACCAAGCGGUGAUGCUCUUGCGUUUGCAGCUCACGAUAGCAGCAUUACUGUUGUUUAUCCAGAUGGUGCCGAUCAGCCUCCAAGGGCUGUUGUUAGUGUCAGUACGCAGUUGCUGCCUUUCAUGAGUCUCAUCUGGAACGGAGAGAGUGAAAUAAUUGCUGCUGGAUACGAUUGCGAGGCAUACCGCUUUAAAGGUAGUGAAGGAGGUUGGCAACUUACUGGAUCUUUGGAAUCCAAGGGGAGACCAGGACUUGGCGAUGCGCGAGAAGAGUCUGCUUUCAAUAUGUUCAAACAGAUGGACUUGAAAGGCAAGACUAAGGAUGAUACUCAGCUGAAGACUGUGCAUCAGAACACUAUCAGCACCAUACGUAUCUAUGAAGGGUCCGGAGGUGCUGUCCGGAAGUUCAGCACAAGUGGCGUUGAUGGAAGGAUUGUCAUCUGGAACGCUUAG